AUGGAGGACAUAAUCGGUUCUACGGACAAAGAGAGGUUGUUAUAUUUGAGACAAAUUCAAUAUCUGGAGGAGCAGUUGGAGAGAUGUAAUCUGAAAUAUGACGAGCUGGAGAAACAGAACGGGGACCGGACCUCUCGGUACGGCUCGCUGGAGAAGGACAAGAAAAACACCACCAAGAACCUGAAAGGCUUAGUGGUUGCAAAAGAGAAGAAGGUGGAGGAGCUGACGGAGCAGCUGAAGAGUCAGCCGGAGGCGAACGGACUGGUCAAAGAGGCCCUGGAGCUGCAGCACAGCGAGAAGAUGGAGGAGCUGCAGCAGCGGUUGGAUGAACAUAACUCGGAGAGCGAGAUGCUGGCGGCAAAAUCCCGCAAGCAGCAGGAGCUGGAGGAGCAGCUGAGCCUGGUGAUGCAGCAGCAGUCGGACACGGAGACCCAGACGAAGCUGCUGGUCAGUCAGAACGAGAAGCUCAAAGCCAACAUUGAUAGACAGAAGAACGAAGACGAGUUGGAGAGGCAAAAGUUGAUUGCGGAGGAGAAGAAGCUAAUGGACGACUUCAUUGAGUGGAAGACCUUGCGGAUUCUCAGGAAGGAGAGAGACGCUCACAGUAAGUGGCUGGAGCAGCUCUCUUUCCUGCAGAAGGAGAAUGAGACUCUGCCGGUGGAGAGAGACGCCCUGCGAGACAAAGACAGGGAUCUCUGCGUUGAGAGGGACCAGCUGACGAACGAUCUGAUGAGGGUGAACAUGGAGAACUCCACCUGCAGGAAGGAGCUGCAGCAGAUGAAGAUGGCGUGCGAGCAGCUGAAGGCGGAGCUGAAGGACUGUAGCUCCGCCCACAAGAGCGUGCUGGCCAGGAAAGACUCUCUCAGACGACUCCUGGCCUCAGAGUCCGAGGAGAUCCGUCAGAAAACAGUCGAGUCAGCUGAGCUGAGGGCCGAGCUCCAGAGGGAGAGCAUCAGCAGGAGGAGGCAGCUGGAGGCCGUCACGAAGGAGGGAGUCCUCCUCCUCGGACACAUCCUGACGGACUCGGACGAGACGCCCGAGACCGAUCGGAAGAUGCUGAGGCUGCAGGAGAUCCUGGAGAGCAGCGCCCCCCAGGCUCCGCCGUCAACGACUCACCCGAGCACAGAAACCUCCGACCUCCGACCCCCAAACCAGACAGGAAACUGUGCAGUGAGAAGACGUCCAGCUGUGAUCCAGAGGCCUCCACCUCUGCAGACCGCUGAACCACAUCCAGUCAGCAGUAAGACAGAUGAAUGUGGACUUGCGUAG